CAACACGCGUCAUCACGCUCAGCUGACUAGGAGCGGAAAUGUUUUUGUUAAGUUGCGCUUUGGUCAUGUCGGAGUGGCUUAUGUGAGAGGUCUCCCUCUCAUUUACCCCGCACGCAUCGUGUCAGGCGUGCUGCGGGUUCAGCUGGCCCCUCGGAGCUGAUUCUCGCAUCGCUUUUAUAGCCAUUUUUAAGCGGGCGCGACGUAGACCGUGGCCAUGCUCGGACGCAGACAUGCAGUGGCAAACUUGGUCCGUCGUAGCCUUACUCCUCAACGUCGCCGAAACCUCGGGCACUUCGCAUGCCAUCACGGUCGAUGUGGGGAGACCACUGGGAGAUCUUAAGCAUUUCUGGAGGAGCACCGGUUUCUGCCCCCCUCUCCCUCACUCCCAGGCCCACCAGUUUGACCUGAGCAUCGACCAGCAGCUGAACCUGGCCUAUGCGGGCUCGGUCCCCCAUGGAGGGAUCCAGCAGGUCCGGAUACACUGGAUGUUGGAGCUGGUCACGGCACAAGAUAUCGGAGGACACCCUCACUACAACUUCACUAAGCUGGACCAGCUGAUAGAGCUCUUGUGGAUUAAUGGACUCCAACCAGGUUUUGAACUCAUGGGCAGUGUCUCUAACUACUUCACUGACUUUGAAGACAAAUCACAAGUGGUCGAGUGGAGAAAUCUGGUUUAUCUCACAGCAAAGAGGUACAUCGACAAGUAUGGCCUGGGAAGUGUUUCUCAGUGGAACUUUGAAACGUGGAAUGAGCCCAACAACCAUGACUUUGAUAACGUCACCGUUUCAAUUCAAGGGUUUCUAAACUACUACGACGCCUGUUCGGAGGGUCUGCGUGCUGCCAGCAGUCUCCUGAGGUUUGGGGGUCCAGGAGACUCCUGUCACUCCCCCCCACACUCGCCAUACUGCUGGGCCAUGCUGCAGCACUGCCACAACGGCACCAACUACUUCACUGGAGAGACAGGGGUUAGGAUUGACUUCAUCGCCCUGCACAAGAAGGGAGGAGGCUCUUCGUUGCCCAUCCUCCAGCAGGAGAUCCAGACCGUGGAGGAGAUCCAGGAGCGUUUCCCCCGGUUCCGCGGCCUCCCCGUCUACAAUGAUGAGGCUGAUCCUCUGGUGGGCUGGUCCAGGCCUCAGGGGUGGCGGGCUGAUGUGACUUACGCGGCCAUGGUUGUGAAGGUAAUAAACCAGCACCAGGAUCUGCUGCUGGCUGACCCGAACAGCACCAUCAACUACACCCUGCUGAGCAACGACAAUGCCUUCCUCAGCUACCACCCACACCCCUUCACCCAGCGCACGCUGACGGCCCGCUUCCAGGUCAACAACACCCAGCCGCCUCACGUCCAGCUCAUCAGGAAGCCUGUGCUCACCGUCAUGGGCCUGCUGGCUUUCCUAGGAGAGACCCAGGUACUGGCUCAGGUCGUGAACUUAGCAGGAUCCAGCAACAGCAGCACGGUGGGAGUUCUCGCCAGCAGCCACAGGCCCGUAAUGCCGGGCGGCUCAGACAGCUGGCAGGCAGCAGCGCUGGUCUACAACAGUGACGACAGCAGCACCUCCCCCAACACUGAUGAUGUCACCGUCUCACUGAAAGGACUGGCUGCACAAAAAGGUCUUGUGUAUGUCACAUAUUACAUGGAAAACAAUGUAACCAACCCGUACCAGCUGUGGCAGAGCAUGGGCAGCCCCGACUACCCCACGGCAGAACAAUUCAGACACCUCAGGAGUGUGCAGGACCCUCAUGUUGAUGGCCCCUGGGAAGUUCCUGCAGGGGACACUCUGACUGUAAAAGCCAAACUGUCUGUUCCCUCUGUUCUCCUCAUCCAUGUUUGUGCCCAGCCCAAAGCCGUGCCAGACCAGGUUAAUGGAUUGCGCUUCAUCGGGAUCACCAAAGGCCAAGUCCUGAUUGUCUGGUCUGAUCACUGUGUUGAUUCCAAAUGCAUCAAGACAUUUGAAGUUGAAUUCUCCACAGACAAUGAGAAAUUCAGCAGGAUUAAUACACAGGACACAAUUUUUACUUCAUAUGUCUAUUCACCUGUGGACAAAGAAGUUGGCGGUUUGUACAGAGUUCGAGCUGUGGACUACUGGGGAAGACCCGGGCAGUACUCGCUGCCAGAGAUGUAUUCCGAGGAGCUCUAGACCAGGAUCGCGUCUGAUAGUAUUCAUAUUAUGUUUCUAAAUUGUUUUUUACAAUGGAAAUACAUUUUAUAUAAAUCAGCGUGCUGAUGAUAUAUGUUAUACAGCAUGGGUCAUUUGCGAAAUGUUGUUUCAUCCACCCAGUCACAUUUUAAGGAAACAUUUAGUAUUUAUGCUCGUGCUCUAUUUGACAGUGAUAUAGGCAUCACAUUUUUUGGUAACAGUAGGAAUGGUUGUAAUUUCAACGACUUGAAUAUUAGAUAAAAAUGACUGAAUACAAUAAUCAUCAACAAACAUUACCUGCUCAAAAAUACAUUCUUUUCUGAAGCUGUUGUAGAUGUAUUGGGUAAUGGAGAUGGAUAAAGUUACUGAAUACAUCCUGUCUGGGUGGAAGCCUUUUAACCUCAGGGCUGGCCGCAUCAUAGCACACAGUAACAUGUAAUUACAAGCUUUUUGUUUUAAACUAAUAAAAACACAAAAUAAAAAACUGUGUGACAGUAUUCUAUAGUUUUGUAAUUGUAAACUAAUCCCAUGAAAUGCCAAAACCAACAAUGUGCAUGUCGGUCUCAGCUACUUUUCUACCCUGUCUGUGGCACCCACUGGAUUUUGCUAAAGACGUAAAACGGGUCACAGAUAUAAAGUCUCAUUUUUUUUAAAAGGCUAAAUAAUUACCUAAAACAGCUGGUCGCUGUAAUUUUUAGUAAACAUUACUCAAACAAAAGUAACUAGCACAUGUGUUGAGGACUGUUUUCAGCGGUGAAUUUAUACACAUUUGGCGCUUUAGUUUUUCAUCAUAAUGUCACUGGCAUAAAAGGAGAAGUAAAAAACAUAUCACUGGGCCAUGAAAUUAGUCAUCAACUGAUCACACUGUUACAUAAACUGAUACCAUCAGACCAACAAAUCUAAUGGAUACAUUAAGAGUCUUUUAUCUGUAAUCUGUUUUUCAAUGUUACAUUCUAUGUUGUAUACUUGAAAUGUCUCAUACUUUUAUAAGAUUUUGUUCUAUACUGGAAUGUGUUGUUUUUACAAACACAAGGACAACAGCAAGUUUCUUUACAAAAUUUAUUGUCACCUAUACAGAAUGAUUACGCAGUGCGGAUGUUACCCAUCAGUGUGACAAUACCAAAUGGUUGGUUCUGUCAUCCCGUUCACUUAACCAGUAAUAGUUUUUUAAUGAAUUUGGUUUUCAUUUUGGCAGCAUUAAUUUGAUUUUUUCAUGGGGCGUUGAAUUGGAUUUGUCUGAU